AAGGGGCGGGUUUGGGGCUGGAGAGGAUAAGAGCCCCGCGCGUCCGGCACCAUCUGGGUUUCGGCUCAACGCGCUCCGGCUCCCGCCACGUGCUCCUCCGGCUCGGCGCCGCAGCGCAGCAUCUCUGGGCUGCUGCGUCGGAAGGGAAUUUGAGGAGAAAAUGCCGGCUGUUAGGAUGCUGCAGCACGUCGUGGGCCAGCUGCUGCUGGGCCCAGCCUGUGGCUGUCGGACGUCUGCCCUGCCCGCCCGGUCUCUGGGCGCCUCCCCUUGGCAAAUUCCAGCCAAUGCCAACUUCCACUCUGCCUCUUUCUCUGAAACAGACCGGCCACGCGUCUUAAUUACAGGGGGUCUUGGCCAGCUUGGAGUGGGACUUGCCAACUUUUUGAGAAAACGAUUUGGGAAGGACAAUGUGAUUUUGUCCGACAUAAGGAAACCCCCCGAUCACAUCUUUCAGAGUGGCCCGUGUAUUUAUUCGGACAUUCUGGAUUACAAGAAUCUCCGGGAGAUUGUGGUGAACAACGGCAUCACCUGGCUGUUUCAUUACAGCGCUUUGCUCAGUGCGGUUGGGGAAGCGAACGUUUCCUUGGCCAAAGCCGUAAACAUCACUGGAUUGCACAAUGUUCUAGACGUUGCAGUGGAACACGGUUUGCGACUGUUUGUGCCCAGCACGAUCGGAGCCUUUGGACCUACUUCUCCCCGGGACCCAACCCCUGAUCUCUGCGUCCAGAGGCCCAGGACUAUCUACGGGGUGUCCAAGGUCCACGCAGAGCUCAUGGGAGAAUAUUAUCAUUACCGGUAUGGGUUAGAUUUCCGAUGCCUGAGGUAUCCUGGAAUCAUUUCAGCUGACUCCCAACCUGGAGGAGGAACAACUGACUAUGCAGUCCAGAUUUUCCACGAUGCUGUAAAGAAUGGCAAAUUUGAGUGCAACCUGAAACCCAGCACGAGGCUCCCGAUGAUGUACAUUGAUGACUGCCUCAGGGCCACCCUGGAGGUCAUGGAGGCCCCAGCAGAGUCCCUCUCCAUGAGGACCUACAACAUCAACGCCAUGAGCUUCACCCCAGAGGAGCUGGCCCAGGAGGUUCACAAGCACAUACCAGAAUUCCAGAUCACAUACAACGUGGAUUCUGCUCGACAGGCCAUAGCGGAUGGCUGGCCAGUGAGCCUUGAUGACAGCAAUGCUCGGAAGGACUGGAAGUGGAAACAUGAUUUUGAUCUUCCAGAGCUGGUGACGACAAUGUUGAACUUCCAUGGUUCUGAUACCAGAAUUGCCCAAGCGAACUGAAGGAACCAGAGGAAGAGCUCGUGUAUCCUGGACAGCUGUCAAGGGAAAAGCAUAACGACCCCGAGGGUUUAUACCCCAAGAAGUCUCAGUUAUCUGGGCUUGAAGGACUAAUUGGACUAAAUUUUUGCAGCCAUAUUGAACUGCCACAUGGAGAAUUGAGUUGGCUUUAGCAUUUUCAAAAUGCUGUAGGCACGGUGGUAGGAAUUCUAAAUCUUUGCUGUUUGCCUAAACUUGUCUAAACACAUGCAUCACAGAAUGAAGACUUAAGUCAUAAUAGUUUUCAUUUCCUUAAUUAAGAUGAAGGCACCAUUUCUGGGAAGGUGAAAGUAUGUGACGUUUGUAUGUAAUUAAAAUUAGUUUAAAUAACA